AUGGAUGCUUGUAAUUCCUCAGUGGGUACGAUUGCGUAUAUGAGUCUUGAAAGGAUCAACACGGAUCUGAAUCAUGGGAAGUAUGAUGGGUUUGCUAGGGAUAUUUGGAGCUUAGGAGUUAGCAUCCUUGAGUUUUAUCUGGGUCGAUUUCCGUUUGCUGUGGGAAGGCAAGGUGAGGAUCGAUAUGGACUGGUUGAACUGGUAUGCGGCUAG